AUGGAGACAGCAAAUGCGGUCCACUGGGUCAAGGUAUAUGAAAAGGAUAUCGAAAAUGAAGACACGCUCUACUUCUCAUCCAAUCCCCUCGACUUUAUGUCCAACACACUCCGUACCAGCUGCGACGCGUCCCUCGAUGGAAAGCCACACGAAAUGCCCAUCAUUACAAAGGCUUUCGUCAAACCAGGCUACAAAUAUCCGGUUCAUGAACGGCGGUGGAUCACCUAUGCCGUCCACUCGGUGCUCGAGACAGCAAACCCACCACUCGAAGGCGCAUUCGGCCUCACCUACAUUCCAAGAAUAACUACGACUGGCAUCUCUUGCUUGUGGGAAAGCCCUCCUCAAAAGUCCUUGACGGGCUCAGGCCUUAUUCGACCCUCGUCGCGUACCCUCCUGCUUCGCCCUUGCCCUUGGGACAUCGAACCUAGGCAAACGCAGGUGGGGCUCUUCUCCGGAGUUGCCAACGAAUCUGGUUCCAUCAGUGAGGAAAAGACAGUUUCCGGGGUCCAAAUCAAAUCUGUAGCCCUCGCGGAGAACUACACAAGCAUCGUCAAGGUCGUCUAUCACUUUGACGAUCCGGCGGAAGCCUAUACGAUUGUACCCAAAUACGCAUCGAGAAACUUUAGAGCAUGGAAUGGCCCUAGGAACAUCCGAACGAUAUGGCAACGGGUAUGUCUCUUCUGCAAAUCAGAGACACACGGAGGGGACAGAUUGGAAUGCCCGUGGUUCCAGUACGAGUUUCAUGCCCCGACUUUCCCGCCUCAGAGGUAUGAUCGGUUCAGUCCGGCAGACCUCGGACCAGGACAGUCGCUCAGAUCGAGGAAGAGGAAAGUUAUCGAGGGGAGCAGACCACCAGACUCAAAAUUAUUCGACAUUCGGCCACGCAAACGCACCAUGGAGGAAAUGAACGACCAAGAGGACACUUAA